AAAACAUAGGACUACAAGUCCUACAAUGCGGCGCGCAAGGGACCAUAUCCUUUUCCUGUUGCUCAACGCGCCUGCUCCUGCCGACGUGUUCUUCCGGUGGCGGACCGGUGGUUUAUCCAGUGCGGGGCAAAAUGGAGCUCGAGGCCAUGAGUAGGUACACCAGCCCGGUGAACCCGGCUGUCUUCCCACACCUGACUGUGGUGCUUCUGGCCAUCGGCAUGUUCUUUACCGCCUGGUUUUUCGUUUACGAGGUCACCUCCACCAAGUACACACGCGACAUCUACAAAGAGCUCCUCAUCUCCUUGGUGGCCUCACUCUUCAUGGGCUUUGGAGUCCUGUUCCUCCUGCUCUGGGUCGGCAUCUAUGUCUGAGUCCCCAAGGGUACACACCAGGAAGCUCACAAAGUCCUUGCUUUUGUAAAUUAAUUUUUUUACCAUUGCCACACUUGUCCGCCUGCUGUUUCCAAUAAAGGCAGAUGUAUGACAAGCCU